AUGGCAGUUACACAGGAUGUUCACAAAGUCGACUGGAAACUCGGUCGUUCAGAUGACAACUCAGAUUUCAGCUCACAUACAUUGGUCAAACCUUCAUCAAAUUCCAAGGUUCGAUUUUCUUCACCUGAAGACUUUGUACGUAAAUCAGGCGGUGUUAGAAUAAUCGAGAAGAUUCUGAUCGCAAACAAUGGUAUAGCAGCAGUGAAAUGUAUGCGUUCUUUACGAAAAUGGUCAUAUGCUACAUUCGGCAGUUCCGAUGUUUUACGUUUUGUAUGCAUGGCAACACCAGAAGAUAUACAAGCUAAUGCUGAAUAUAUAAAAAUGGCGAAUAAAAUGGUUCUGGUACCAGGUGGUUCCAAUGUAAAUAAUUACGCUAAUGUUGAACUAAUUCUACAAACUGCUGUAACUAAUGAAGUUGAUGCUGUGUGGGCUGGUUGGGGUCAUGCAUCGGAAAAUCCCCAAUUACCUGAUGUGCUCAGUAAACAUAAUAUUGCAUUUCUUGGCCCAUCGCAUCAGGCUAUGUGGACACUUGGUGACAAGGUUGCUUCUACAAUACUUGCUCAAAGUGCUCAUGUACCCACUCUUCCUUGGAGUGGUUCUGAUCUAACUAUAUCACUUGAUCGAUCUGCCAAUGGUCAGUGUUCUAAUAACGAACCAGAAACAGUUGAUAAUUUAACAUUGAAUAUGGUAAAAUCUAGUGGUCUAUCACAGAGAUCAUCAUCUGUAUAUUCUCGUCUAAUAUCUGAAGAUUUAUAUCGUUCUGGUUGUGUGACAGAUGUGUCAAGUUGUUUGAAAUGUGCUGAUAAAAUAGGCUAUCCAGUAAUGAUUAAAGCUUCUGCUGGUGGCGGGGGUAAAGGAAUUAGAAAAGCGUUAACUAGUGCAGAUAUUGAACGUGUUUUUCCUCAAGUACAAGCUGAAGUACCCGGUUCACCUAUUUUUGUCAUGAAAUGUGCAACAUCUGUUCGUCAUUUAGAAGUACAAAUACUAUGUGAUAUAUAUGGUCAAGCAAUUAGUAUGUUUGGUCGUGAUUGUUCAGUUCAACGAAGGCAUCAAAAAAUUAUUGAAGAAGCACCUAUUAUUGUAGCUCCGAAAGAAAUUAUUGAAAAAAUGGAACAAGCUGCAGUACGUCUUUGUAAAUUAGUUAGUUAUGUUAGUGCUGGUACUGUGGAAUAUCUAUACGAUCCAGAUUCAAAUCAAUUUUAUUUCUUAGAACUAAACCCACGACUUCAAGUUGAACAUCCGUGUACAGAAGUAGUUGCCGAAGUGAAUUUACCAGCUUGUCAGCUACAAAUUGCUAUGGGUAUACCUUUACAUCGUAUCAAAGAUAUUCGUGAACUUUAUCUAGCUUCUCCAUGGUCUGAUUCAAUUAUUGACUUUAAUGAUUCAACUAUCAAUCGUCGUCCACCUAGUUGCUAUGUCAUUGCUGCUCGUAUUACAAGUGAAGACCCUGAUGAAGGCUUUAAACCACGUCCUGGUGGUGUGAGGGAAUUAAAUUUUCGAAGUAAUCAAUCAGUUUGGGGAUAUUUCAGUGUUAGUAGUGCAGGUGGAAUACAUGAAUUUGCUGAUUCCCAAUUUGGUCAUAUAUUCUCAGCAGGUGAGAAUAGAGAACAUGCACGCGAGAAUAUGGUUCUAGCAUUGAAGGAAUUAUCUAUUCGUGGUGAUUUUAGAACUACAGUUGAGUAUCUUAUCAAAGUAAUGGAAUCUGAAGCUUUUAUGAAUCACAAGAUUAAUACAGAAUGGUUAGAUGCACGAAUAGCACAAAAUGAUCAAGUUGAAAAACCAGAUAUUCUACUUGGUGUUAUAUGUACUGCUUUACAUAUUGCAGAUAACUGUUUAAAACAAUUAUUUCUUAAUUAUGAAUUACAUUUGGAAAGAGGUCAAUUUCUACCCUCAAAAACUCUGACAAAUAGUGUUGAUAUAACUCUGGUAUCAGAUUCUACGAAAUAUGUUGUUAAAGUCUUACAUACUGGACCAUCGAACUUUAGUCUUAUCUGUUGUGAUACUGUAUCAGAUUUUGAAGUGCAUCGUGUGCCUGGUGAUGGUUUAUUAAUUUGUCAUGAAGCUGCUAGCUAUAUGACUUAUUGUCAAGAAGAAUCUCAAGGUUACCGCACGGUAAUUAUCAUUCGUACGAUGAUGUUGUGUAAAGAAACUGAUCCAACUAUUUUACGAUCUCAUUCUGCUGGAAAACUUCUUCAAUAUUUUGUUACUGAAGGAUCACAUGUUUGUGCAAAUGAAGUAUAUGCUCUUAUUGAAGUAAUGAAAAUGAUAUUUGAACUAUGUGUUCUAACAUCAGGUUUUAUCAUUUUGAAACGUGUUCCUGGAGCUAUUCUUGAACCUGGUACUGAAUUGGCUCGUAUUGAAGUAGAUAAAUCGAGUCAAUUGAAACCUUUACAAAUAUUCAAUGGUCCCUUCACUUUACCUACUGAAUAUAGUAGUGAUAUUAGUCAAUCAUCAUCAUCAUAUUCUCGAAAAUUAUUGUUUCUUCCACAAUCUAAUAUGGUUUAUUCAUCUACAAAUAAUAUUUAUCAAUCAUCUACACAAUCAAUUGAAGAGAUCAAAUCAAAUAUUCCUCAGCAUUUAAUUAAUGAUUGGAAAUGUCUUAAUACAAAAUCACAUUGUCUAAUUGAUUCAUUAUCAUCUAAUAACAAUGGUAUUAGUACUGGAUUAAAUGACGAUUCAAUGUGUAUACUUACGAAUUCAUUAUCAUCGAAUUCAACUUCUUCAACUACAAAUGGAAAAUUACAUUUACAAUUUACUCAAUUAUUAGCAUCAUUAGAACAAAUUUUGUUUGGUUAUUGUUUAUGUGAACCAUAUUUUAGUAAAUCAUUAAUGAAAACAUUAAAUCAAUUUCUUACAUUGUUAUAUAAUCCACGUUUACCACUUCAUGAAUUACAAGAUACAUUAGCACAUUUAAAAGGUCAAUUACCACCUAACAUGGAAAAAUCUUUACGUCAUCAUGCUAAACUAUAUGCAGAUCAAGCUACAUCUGUAUUAGCUAAUUUUCCUUCAGAAGCAAUUUUACAAAUAACGGAUGAAUAUCUAAAACAAAUUAAUCCUGGACAAUCAACAGAUUGUUCUGUACUAGAAUUUCAACGUAUUACUCAACGUUUAAUUGAUUUAGCUGAACGUUAUAAACAUGGUCUUCGUGGUCAUACUGUUCGUGUUAUCUCUCAAUUAUUUAUGGGUUAUGUUGUGAUUGAAAAACACUUUCAACAUGGUCAAUAUGAUAAAUGUAUUCGUCAUUUAUUGGCUAAAUGUCAAGGUUCUACUUUAUGGGGUAAUGCACCAAAAUCUGGUAUAUGUCCUGGUGAAAAUACAAUUAUUGAAGAUGAUUUAUUAAAUAAUCUUACUUAUCAUUUAGUUCCAUUUAAUUUUCGUAAUUUAAUUCAACCAAAUUCUAUGACAGAUAUUGUUUCAGUGAUAUUUUCACAUCGACAAUUAACUAUGAAAAAUGUACUCAUUAUUAAUCUUAUUCAUUCAUUAGCUGAAAGACGUGAAUUAUGUAUGACUGAUCAUUUACAAAGUUGUUUAAAAGCAUUAACUGAAUUAGGUGGUUCAAGAAAUUCUAAAGUGGCAUUAGCAGCUCGUCAAUUACUUAUCUCUGUUCAAACACCAUCAUAUGAAUUAAGACGAAAUCAAGUUGAAUCAAUUUUCUUAUUUUUUUAUCAUCCAAAUCAUACUGUGGCAUGUGCUGCAUUAGAGGUUUAUAUUAGACGUUCAUAUACAGCAUAUGAAUUAACCGGUGUUCAUCAUUUUCAAUUAUCUUGUGGUAGUUCAUUCUUUACAUUCAGAUUUUUGUUACCAAAUGAAUUUGUUUCUAAUUCUUCAAGUGUUCAUAAUAGACGUCCUUCAGAUUAUCAAAGAAAUCAUAAUUCAGAACAUUCAAUUGAUUCUCCAUUGGCUGAAAAUAUUCAAACUUAUAAUUUAGCUUCAACAUUAUUCAAUGUAAAUAAUUUUGAUUCACAAGACUAUACUGCUUCAUCAGCUACCACCUCUAUUACGAAUCACAGAUCAACAAUGAUGAAUAAUUUUCAAAGUAUGAUUGAUAUUGAUACUACUCCUUUGUCUGGUGAACGUAUGGGUGGUAUGACAGCAUUUAAUUCUUUAAGUGAUCUGGAAGAAUCAUUCGACGAAUUAAUCAGAUUAUUCAAUUCAGCUUGUAAAGAAGCUAAAAGUAUUCAUACUUCAUUGUCUGAACCAAUAUUUGAUUAUUCUCGUCAAUUCACUUCUGAUAUUGUUCAUCAAAAAUCACAGAAUAAUCAUAAUCAUUAUAAUAUUUCAAAUAAUGAAACAAAACUGAUCAGUUUUCAAGAUCCACCUUAUCAUACUACUGAUCCUCAAAGAGAACCAAUUCAUAUAUUAAAUAUUGCUCUACGUCAAUCUACAUAUAGAUGCAUACAACCUACUCUCAUAUUAUCAUCAUCGAAUGAUGAUACAUCAAUGUCGUCAAAAUCAAGACCUUCUGGAUUCACUAAAAACUCAUUGCUACUACCUGAUUCAGUAAUUAAUGAAACAAGUGAUGUGACACAUUUAGAAGAAUUCUGUUCUCGUCAUGUUGAUCAAUUACGAGCAUCUGGUAUUCGAAGAAUUACUUUCUUAGUUGUUAAGACACGUGAAUUCCCACGGUUGUACACUUUUCGUGCGCGUGAUAAUUAUCGAGAAGAUCGUGUUUAUCGACAUUUAGAACCAGCUUUAGCUUUUCAAUUAGAAUUAAAUCGAAUGAAAAAUUAUAAUCUUGAACAUUUACCAACAUUAAAUCGUCGAAUGCAUUUGUAUUUAGGUUGUAGUAAGAUAAAUGGAAGAAAAGAUGUAGUAGAUUAUCGUUUCUUUGUACGUUGUAUCAUUCGUCAUGCUGAUUUAGUUUCACGUGAAGCUUCAUUUGAAUAUCUUCAAUCAGAAGCUGAACAAAUUCUUUUAGAAGCAAUGGAUGCUUUAGAUUUAGCCUCAGGACAUCCUGAUGCUAGUCGAACAAUGGGAAAUCAUAUAUUUCUAAAUUUUGUUCCUGUAUUACUCUUAGAAGAUAUUAAUAGAUUAAAGUCAACAAUUAGAAAAGUUGUAAUGCGUUAUGCUCGACGUUUUCUACGUUUACGUGUAUCUCAAGCAGAAUUAAAAUUGCAUAUUCGAUUUCAUGCAUCUGAUCCGAUAGUACCAAUUCGUGUUAUGCUUCGUGAUGAACAUGGUUAUGAUUUAGGAUUAGAUGUUUAUCGUGAAAUAUUAGAUCCAGUAACUGGUAUUUGUAUUCUACAAUCGAUAAGUCCACCUAAUGGUAAAUUAAAUGGACAUCCAGCUGUUACAGCUCAUGAGAAUAAAGAUUUUUUUGAAGUUAAACGUUUUCAGGCCAGAAAAUUUAACACCACUUAUGUUUAUGAUUAUCCUGCAUUAUUAGCUCAAGCUUUAACUGGUGUAUGGCAAAGUUAUUGUCCUUAUAGAAAUCAAAAACAUCAUAAUCAUAUUAUAAAUGAUUCAUUAGAUAAACCCAUAUCCGAUUUAAAUAAUAAUUCUUUAUCAAAAUUCCAUAAUUUAAUACCUUUAAAUAUACCAGAGAAUUUAAUAAUUACAUGUACUGAAUUAUCAUUAGAUAAACAUGGUAAUUUACAACCAAAUACAAAUACUUUAGGUACAAAUGAAAUUGGAAUGGUUGUCUGGUAUAUGGUAUUACGUACACCAGAAACUCCAUCUGGUCGUCCAAUUAUUGUUAUUGCAAAUGAUGCAACAGUUAAAGCUGGAUCAUUUGGUCCUGCAGAAGAUUUAACAUUUCAUCGCGCUAGUCAACUAGCUCGAUAUUUUGGUAUUCCACGUAUUUACUUAGCAUCGAAUACUGGUGCACGAAUAAAAAUUGCUGAAGAUAUUAAAAGUGUAUUCAAUAUUGCUUGGAUUGAUGCUGAACAUCCUGAAAAGGGUUACAAAUAUUUAUAUUUAACACCAGAUGAUUAUUAUCGUUUUAAAUAUGAUGAAGCUGUGAAUUGUGAAAAAAUUGAAGAAAAUGGAGAGAUACGUUAUAAAAUUAUCGAUAUAAUUGGCAAAGAAUAUGAUAUGUCCGCAGAGAAUCUUCGUGGUUCAGCAAUGAUUGCUGGUGAAACAUCUGCAGCGUACGAUGAUAUAUUCACUAUUACAAUAGUUACAAAUCGUGCUAUCGGCAUUGGAGCUUAUUUAACACGUCUUGGUCAACGGGUUAUUCAAGUGAAUAAUUCACAUAUUAUAUUAACUGGUGCAAUGGCUCUUAAUAAACUUCUCGGUCGUGAAGUAUAUUCUAGCAAUAGUCAAUUGGGUGGUGUACAAGUUAGUGAUUAA